AGUGUUCACCAGGCCCCCCCGGGGACCAGCAAACGGGUGAAACUUUCUGUUUUACUUUUGCGAACGUUGGUUGCCACGUUCCCGCCCAACACCCACCACCUCGGACCCGUUUGGGUCGGAUGAUUUGAGCCUUUUUUUUUUUUUUGGUUUGUUUGUUUGCUUGUUUGUUUCUUUUUACCCCCCUCUAAAGAGUUGGGCCCGGCGUCAGAUUCGGCCAGAUGCAACCACUAUUGUGGAACAUUUAAACAUUGGAGAAUACUGGAAAAUUGCCUUCUAUGCAGCAAAAUGACUUUUUGUUUUUAAACUUGUGUUUUGCUUCAUUGGUUUCCUCACAUGCUACGUAAGGCCUAAAGAGCAAAGAUUCCGUGUUCUGUAAUGACAAUAUGACUAAUAGUAAAGGAAGAUCUACCACGAACAAAACAAAUGGUAUUGUAAGCGGCGGAGAAAGCUUUGUAAAUUGGACUAUUGCUGUCAGUACAAUUCAAUCUGACAAGUUCUUAAACCUGCUAUUGAGUAUGGUUCCAGUCAUUUACCAGAAAAAUCAGGAUGACAAACAUAAGAAACCAAACAGUAUUUGGCAAGAUGAAUUACCAUCUAUAGCACAAAGUUUUAACCACAGAACAGAUCAGCACAUGGACUUCCCUCACUUCUCAGAACCAUCUUUUCAUGGUAAUAAUGGACACAGUCCAUCAAACUGCAGUCCAAAGUAUGAUGACUACGCUAACUAUAAUUAUUGUGAUGAGAGAGAAGCUUCAGAAACUGCUGCCAUGUUAAAAGAUGAAGACACGUCUAGUGAAGGUGAUGAAGAUGUUAUCCUAGAAGGAAACCGAAAAUUACCGAAGGAAUCCAGUGGAACUAUGGCGUUGCAAAUACUUGUACCAUUUCUGCUGGCAGGUUUUGGGACGGUUUCAGCUGGCAUGGUUUUGGACAUUGUGCAGCAUUGGGAAGUAUUCAAAAAUGUGACUGAAGUUUUCAUUUUAGUUCCUGCACUGCUGGGCCUCAAAGGGAAUUUGGAAAUGACCUUGGCAUCCCGACUGUCCACCGCAGUAAAUGUUGGAAAGAUGGAUUCCCCCAUUGAAAAAUGGAACUUAAUCAUUGGCAACUUGGCCUUAAAGCAGGUUCAGGCAACUGUAGUUGGCUUUCUAGCAGCAGUGGCUGCAGUCAUACUGGGCUGGAUUCCAGAGGGAAAAUACCGACUUGAUCAUUCAAUACUUUUGUGUUCUAGCAGUGUAGCAACUGCCUUCAUUGCAUCCCUUUUACAGGGAAUAAUUAUGGUUGGUGUUAUAGUUGGUUCAAAGAAGACGGGGAUAAAUCCUGACAAUGUCGCCACACCUAUUGCGGCUAGUUUUGGUGACCUCAUCACUCUUGCCAUAUUGGCUUGGAUAAGUCAGGGUCUUUAUGAUUGCAUUGAGAAAUAUCACUAUAUAUCUCCUUUAGUUGGUGCCUUUUUCUUGGCUUUAACUCCUAUAUGGAUAGUAAUAGCUGCCAAGCAUCCAGCUACAAGGAUUGUUCUCCAUUCAGGGUGGGAGCCUGUCAUAACGGCUAUGGUUAUAAGCAGCAUUGGCGGCCUUAUUCUGGAUACAACUGUAUCUGACCCUAAUUUGGUUGGUAUUGUUGUCUACACUCCAGUUAUUAAUGGAAUUGGUGGUAAUUUAGUGGCCAUUCAAGCUAGCCGAAUUUCUACCUACCUGCAUUUGCAUAGCAUUCCAGGAGAGUUGCCUGAUGAGAUAAAGGGUUGUUACUACCCAUGCAGAACUUUUUUUGGUCCAGGAGUAAAUAAUAAAUCUGCCCAAGUCCUACUGCUAUUGGUGAUUCCGGGACAUUUAAUUUUCCUCUACACCAUCCAUUUAAUGAAAAGUGGUCACACUUCUCUGACUCCAAUUUUCAUAGUAGUAUUCUUAUUUGCUGCUGUGUUACAGGUGUUUACCUUGUUGUGGAUUGCUGACUGGAUGGUUCAUCAUUUUUGGCGAAAAGGAAAAGAUCCUGACAGUUUUUCUAUCCCUUAUCUAACUGCUUUAGGGGAUCUACUUGGUACUGCCUUGUUAGCCAUUAGUUUUCAUUUUCUGUGGCUUAUUGGUGAUCGAGAUGGAGAUGUUGGAGAUUAAUCCCAUCUAUUGGAUCGUAACUUUUUCAGAAGAUCAAGGGAAAAGUAAAAGGCAACUGCUCCCAGUUCCAUCUUGAGGAUCAUGAAAAACGGUUUGAUUCUGUCAGGGUAUUUUUAAUUGGCAUUGGUAUGAUUAAAUGGCCUUAAACAUUUCUUAAUCUGGAUUUAUGUGGAAAAUUUGAACAAAAGAUAUCUACAUUGACUGUGAAAGAGUUGGGGAUUCAUUCUUGACUAGUUUUGUGAAUAGGAAAAAAAGAUUGAAAAUGUGUAUAAUUUUUUGCAAUGUGGUACAAACCAGAACUGCACUUUAUGGACCCUUAAUUGGGAAUGGAAAAUGGAGGAGAACAAAUCAGUGCUUUACUCUUUCAUUUCUCCCAAAUCGGAUGUACAUUCCAAGUUCAUGACUGUUGAGGGCACACUUUCUGGGCUCUUUUUUCUUAGCACUCAAAAAAAAAAUGAACCAGGUCUGAAAAUUAAUAAUGUACAACCCAAUUUUAGUCUGGUGUCACUUAGGGUCAACAUAUGACUGUAUUAGAUUGUUUAUUAUAAUCACCUCUGAUUUAUUUCUAACUGUGCUUACUAUUGACAAAAUCUAAAGGUUGUUAACCUUUCAAAUCAAAGAUGAUUUAGUGAGGUUCUUGAAGAAAAAUGAUUAGGUUCUUAUAGGGCAUUGAUUUUGGCUUGUUUUAAAAGUAGAGGUGAAAUCAAAUGCAUGAUGAACUGAGAAGAAUUUGUGAGGCCAAGGUGGUGUAAGAAUCUUUUUUUCUAGAAAAAAAAUCAUUUGGAAAUUAAAGAUAAGUUUCUAGGAGUAAUGUUUACAGUGCUAUUAUAAUAUUGGGAGUAUAAUGUUAUUUAUGAGUGACUAAAGUUAAUAAGAUUAAUUCUCCAGUAUUUUGAAGAGCGAAUCAUGUUCAUCUUUGUGAAAUUGCAAGGAACAAAGUUGCCACCAACACACACAAACACCACGAUGUUCCAGUUUCAGUUUUGCUACAACAACCCAUGACCGUGGGAAAAUGGUCUAGUGUUUAAUGUUUAUAUUUUAAGACUCUAAAUUCUGAGAAUUGUCAUUUUAAUAAAGUAACUAGGGUACGUUCACAAUCAGGGUUACACUAACUGAAGUUUGGGUUCAUGCUGGAAUGUCCGAUAGUUUCCCCCCCCCCCCCCCAGUUGACCUUUGGUGAGGUCACUGGGCAAACAGUGAGACUGGUGGCAGAGAAAUGGGGGCUGGAGGGUGGCCUCAGCAGCUGGGGCAGGAAAGCCUUUUAUCUGGUUGGGAAGGGAGAAGCUGGGGAGCAGUAAUCCAGGGGAUCCCUGCCGUGAUCAAGUGGCAUUUCCUGAUGCACCCCUUUUCCUCUCCAUGACUCACCCUAUGCCUUGCUCUUCCAAAUACCACUGCAGAGUGGGGAGGUUGGGGUGGGGUACAAAUAGAGUUGGUGAUGAAUCUCUCUUUUCCCCCACUUCAUAGUGACACCCCCAGAAGGGCAACAGCCCUUGAUAAAACACACGCACUCAACUUCCUGCCCCCUUACCCCCAACCCCCCCCCCCAAAAAUAGGCCCACACAGAGACUUCUGGCAAUCCUUUUAAUCCCCUAACUUCCCUUGAAACCCCAAAUGCACUUUUCCCUCUUCUCUGUUAAUGAUGUUCCUCUACCACAGACCGAACCAAGUUCCUCCUGGAAAUGAAGAGCUCAGAGCAAGGGAGUGAUAAGCACUGGUGAUUAGCUUCUAUUUGGGUUAGUCACUACCCCAAGAGAAAGAGGAGGUUGAGGCUAUAAAGAUCUUAAAGGAGCUGCCUCAAACUCCCCUGGAGUGAACUCCAGGGCAUCCAACUUCUCUCCCUUGCUGCGGGAUUCCGUGCAAUUUAAAUAGCCACAUCCCCUUGUGGGGACCGUUUGAGAAGAACAUCUUCAUAAUGCCACAAGCAGUGGUGACAUUUGGUGAAGCUAACAGGGUGCGCAACUGGGGAGGGGGUUGCCAAGACCCUCCUAAACCCAAGGCCUUGGGCUUAAAUGCUGUUCCCAUCCUAAAUUCCUAUUUACAUGAACAAAGCUAAUUAUUUGAAAUCACGGUUUUUUAUUAAAUCAUAAAUGCCUAAUUAAUCUAUGGCCUGAAUAAGCUCCAAGGGAACUGCUCAAGUCUGGAAACUGCAGCUUUACUUUAAUGCUCAGUUAUAAACAUGAAGUUCCACAUUUAUUUUGAAUCUCUGGUAAACAUUACAGAGUUGUUAUUUAAAAAUGAUUGCUUGUAUAUAACUAUGUUGUGGAAAGCAUUCUUGAAACGAGUAAAACUUGGUUCAAAGUAAUAUGCUAUUUUUUUUAUUUAAAUUAUGCCACUUCUCUUCUUUGUGAUGUAGACUAUCAGAACAGAUAGGAGAUUUAAUUGUCAAAUUGCUCCUUUGGAAAGUCACAGUGUUGUAUAGUAAUCAUUUUUAUAAAUGACAAAAUAUUAAAUAUGCAUUAAUACAGUA